UCAAGUACGCUUGCCCGAAUCAAUGAACACGAGGCUUCUAAAUCCUAGGAUUACUGCUAUUUUGACCUUCAAGCGCUCGAGUUACGCAUAAAAUGGCUGCGCCGUUCCCGCGAACUACGGUCAGCUUUGAAACCAUCCUCACACACAACCCUCAUCAACCAUGGCACACGGCUCUCAGAAUGGCAUAUCCCCAAUGCACCACCACCCUGAGUACUAUCUUAAAGACGGUGAUAUCACCUUCCACGUCCAAGGCACUCUAUUCUGCGUGCAUAGACACUUCUUUGAGCGCGAGUCGCAAUUUUUCGCCCAGGAAUUUGCAAAGACUCCCAAGGAGGGAACUUCUGAUUCCACUGCAUUUCGACUUGAUCAAGUAAGCGCCGCCGACUUUGCGAAGUUCUUAUGGGUCUGGUAUAGUCGCUCGUACAGGCUCAAAAGCAAACCAAAGGACCACUGGCUCACCAUCCUCGACCUCUCCACAACAUGGCAAUUUCCUGAAAUGAAGCAACUUGCUAUCGACGAGCUCCAGAAACUCGAAAUCGAGCCUAUUGAGAAAAUUACCAUAUACGACAGAUACAACAUCGAUAGAUCCCUUCUCUUGUCUUCAUAUAAGCUCCUGUGCAAGCGGGCGAGCCGGAUGUCCGCCGAGGAAGGUGAGCGGCUAAAGAUGCCCACUAUCCUCGGGAUACACGAGGCUCGCGAGCAUGCGAUCAGGAGCGCAGCGGAGAGCGGGUGCCGUAGCCCGACCUCCGCUGAUGCAGGCGACGAGGAGUUGGACAAGAUUUUGAUUGAUAUAUUCAAUCUCAAGAGUCAUGCCACUAACCGACAGGGCGCGCAGUCGCAGGUGACACCAGACCCAGCGCGGACUCCGAGACCGGAUGUGAAUGGAACCACCAAUGGCACUAGGUCGUCUUCAUCAGGUUCCUCUACACAGAAUGAUAAUAAGCAGAAAGACGCGGACAAAAAUAAAGGCACAGGAAAGCAAAGUUGAUUGAGGAACCGACGGAAGACGGAGGUUCCUCCACUGGGCUUUCGAUUGCAAGCGUGAGUGAGGAACCGACGGAAGGUUCCUCUACUGCGCUCUCAAUUGCAAACGUGAGUGAGGAACGGAUAGAAGACAGAGGUUCCUCCUCUGGGCUCUCGAUUUAUGCGGUAGAGAAGAGCAUGGAGCAUCUGCUUAGUUUGUGUUUUCCAACAUUCAUCCAGUCUUUCAUAACAGCAAUAUUCGCAUAAGUUGUUCUCGUUGUAUGAUAUCAAGUCUCUCAAUUCUGCAUAACCCAUGUACUUUGCAAUUCUACACCGUCGAACUUGAA